CCAUUUCAAUAGUCGCGGGCCGCUUGAACUGCGGCGAGGGGAGCCCGGGGCCGCGGCCUGGGCAGCGGUGGGACCCGCGGCUGCUGCUGCUGCUGCUUCCCUCACCCGAGCGGGCCUGUGCGCGGCCCGGAGCGUCCGCAGCGCCCGGAGCUGAGUGCGGGGCCGGGUCCCGGCAGGCUGGCUCCCGCCAUGCUGGGCCACACGGCGGGGCCGCAGCCCCCCAGGCUGCCCCGGGCAGCCGCCCCCGACGAGAACCAGGAGAACGUGCACCCGGACAAGCGCGGCGGCCCCGAGCCCGCCCGGACGCGCACCGUGCUGGGCGUGCUGCGGGCCAACGUGCGGGCUCCGGGCCCCGGACCCGGCCUGGGCCCGGCGGCCACCUUGGCGCCGCAAAAGUCCAAAAGCCGCAGGGUGGCUGUGCCCCUCCGCGAUGUCCAGGUCCAGGAGGAGCAGGCUCCCAUCCCACCCUGGAACGCCACCAGCAAGCAGCCGGCUUUUACCAUUCACGUGGAUGAGCCCGAGGCGGACAAUGGCAAGAAGCCCCCCGGCCCUAGGAAGGAGGACUCGGAGGACUCGGUGCUGGGCUUCCACUCGGCGGUGUCCCUACAGGACGCCAGGAAGCCUCUGGUGGCCCUCGACUACCCGAUGGAUGGCGGCUUCGAAUCUCCCCUUACUAUGGACAUGUCAGUGGUACUGGAACCGGAAGAAAAGCCACCAAAUGUCAACGAAGUCCCUGACUACCAUGAAGACAUCUAUUUGUACCUUAGGGAAAUGGAGGUUAAGUGUAAGCCCAAGGUGGGCUACAUGAAGAAGCAGCCGGACAUUACCAACAGCAUGCGAGCCAUCCUGGUGGACUGGCUGGUGGAGGUAGGGGAGGAGUAUAAGCUCCAGAAUGAGACUCUCCACUUGGCUGUGAACUACAUCGAUAGGUUCUUGUCCUCCAUGUCAGUGCUUCGGGGGAAGCUUCAGCUGGUCGGGACUGCUGCCAUGCUCCUGGCCUCAAAGUUUGAAGAGAUCUACCCUCCCGAAGUGGCAGAGUUUGUGUACAUCACAGAUGACACGUACACCAAGAAGCAGGUCCUGAGAAUGGAGCACUUGGUGCUCAAAGUGCUGGCCUUCGACCUGGCUGCACCAACAAUCAACCAGUUUCUUACUCAGUAUUUCCUGCAUCAGCAGCAUGCCAAUUCUAAAGUGGAAAGUUUAGCGAUGUUUCUGGGAGAGUUGAGUUUAAUUGAUGCUGACCCAUACCUGAAAUACUUACCAUCAGUUACUGCGGGAGCUGCCUUUCACAUAGCCCUGUACACGAUCACUGGCAAAAGCUGGCCUGAGUCAUUAAUCCAACAAACAGGAUAUACCUUGGAAAGUCUUAAGCCAUGUCUAAUGGACCUCCACCAGACCUACCUCAGGGCACCACAGCAUGCACAGCAGUCUAUACGAGAAAAAUACAAGACAGCAAAGUACCAUGGUGUAUCCCUCAUCAACCCUCCAGAGACACUAAACUUAUAGUGAGUGAGAGACUGGGAGCUGUAACUCCAGCCCAAGCGGUUUUUAUCGUGGGCCCAGGUUUCUUCACAAAGAAUCACUUCACAAAGGACAAGUUGUGGUCUAUUACAGAUUAUGAAGUACUUUUUUUUAUUUUUAUGAUUUUAAAUGUAAAUCUUUUCUAUGUGCAAUUGUCCUGCAUAUUUAGCUGCAGAUGUAAGUGGUGUUGUUUAUGCAUAGUGAGUAUUAACCAAGCCCGUACUUUAGGAUAAGAAUUUGGCAGCCUCGAUGGUUUGCCUCCAACAAGUGAAAACUGAGGUCAACCUGGCUCACUCGCGGGAGUGUUUGGACAUGAAUGGUGUGGUGCAGGAGAGCCCAGUAGAAGGAUUUUCCAGGAUAAAGUUUAGAAUGUUGGCAGCCCUCCCCGUCUUGGCUAAUAUCUGUUUUCCUAAGAUUGGAGUGGCUCGGGAGAGCAUCAGCACCUGAACUUGCUCGGACAGACUCCUCCAGGGCAGGGGGACUUCGGUGUUUGGGUAGAGAAUGGUGUUUCUGGAGCGAGUCCCUGCAGGCGGGCUGUGCAUGUGCCAUCUGUCAGUGCUAGGGGUCUAUCUCACCUGCUGCCCUCGUGGUGUAAGACAGAAUGAGAUUUUAAACAGAAACCAUGUGUGGCCCUUCUUGAUGAUGCCUGCCACCCGUGGACCCCAACGACCCAGAGGGAGCUGCUGAUGGGCAGAAGGGCCUUUCCUAGGCUGGUCCCUACACAUGGAAAUGCGUAAGCCUUCUUUGCAGGCUUAGUGAUGUUGACAAAGCCAAACAGAAGGGUUAGGAAACUCCAAGUCAUCCUUCCUAUUACUAAUGGAUUGGAUAGCUAGCAACGAGCAGGACACAGGGCCUGACUACAAAUUAGGAUCUGAUGUGUGACAGAAACAGGCCCCAUUUUUCGGGUAAAGAAAUAUUAAGAGAUUACUAAGAAUACUAAGAGAUUAAGUGAUGACUCAGUGGCCCCACUCCAGGGAGGUCUCCUCAGCCACAGCUCUGUCUGGCCAGACCAUGCCGCCUGCCUCUCUGGGCCUUCCCCUCCUCAACUGUGCAAUCACAAGUAGGUUCAACCUCUCAAAUUAAUCCAAUGACACGAGAUAUUUUCUAGAUACUUUAUUUCAAAUCAAGAAAAAAUACAUGUAAAAAUACGCAACAGUCCUAAAUGUACUUAACAAUAGUGUAUUUUGGAAGCUUUAGUUAGCAGGCUUCUUUUUCUUCUUUCUAAUGGCUUUUUUACUAAAGACUUUGUCCUGUUUGGAGUUGGCCUGUAUUCUGUAAACAAAUAAAAUCAAAGCCUAAAAACAUGUACCUCAGAUUAUGGACACGUAUUUAUAGAAGUUUCCUUUAGUAGGUGUUCACUCAGGCAAAAAUAACAUUGAGUGAGAAGAGAAGAGGGCUCAGCCUCUGCUCUGCAGGGUGGGAGGCCUGGAGGACAGACUGGUGCUUCUUCCAGGCCUCUCUGAGAAGGGCAUCUCUGUGUCAACAGAGCAGGAACAAAUCAUGGCCUGGGAUAAUCGCUAGUAUUGGCAGACCCCACUUCACACUCGACAGAGGAAAAUUACUCGCCUUUAAAUAAUGAUGGAAAAAUCUUUGGUCAGGGCCAUAGGUUACCAUAUGACUUUACAUCAGGCAAGGGUGUCUUCCCCAUUCCAAGCACCCUGCCCUGAACCUAUCAGGUACAACAAAGCUCUCUGCUCCUGAUCUUCAUAUGCUUUUGUCAUAUGGUACACAUUUUAAGAAGGCCCAGACAGCCUUUCCUGAACAAUUCACUAUAAUCAGUAUGUAAAGGAAUCUUUGGCCAUCUGCUGAGAUUAAAGUGAGGUUUAUACUUCUGCCUAUGCAUUUAAAAACCCUACAUUUGGAGAAGAGAUAUUGAAAACUCAUCAAGAGUUGAAUUAUCAUUUGCAUUAACAUUAAUAACUGUUGAAAUAAAUCCGAAAUCCUUCAGUUACCUUGUUUUCUUUGGAUUUUCUCCUGGUUCUAAAAUAAUGAUUUCAUCUUCUUCACUAUCUGACAGCACUAUAGGAGUAUCUUUAAGAAACAUAAAAAAAAAACAUGUUAAAUUAGGCAAAAAUGUACAGACGAGAUAAUGUUAUAGUUUCUAUCACUAGGUAAACUUAAUAUAUUUUCGUUUUAAUAAAAGUGUAAUUCAGAAGAACUGCAAGCCCCCAAAAUGUUCAGCUGCUGAGUCAGUAAAUGCCUAUCAUUAGAGGACACUGGGUGAAGGCCAACUCUACCAUGUUGUAUUUUAUUUCCUGUAAGGGGCUUUAUGUACAUAGCAGGUCUGAAAUAAAUGUUUUCUGUAUGGAUUAUUCAA